AUUUCUGACCCGACAUGCAAGUGGACGUGCAGCGGCAUGCGGUUUCAUGCAGAACAUGCCAAGCCAUGAAAUCAUCGAAGCAAAAGCCAGCUGGACAGUUGCAGCCGAUUCCGCCGUCUGAGCGCGUGUGGCAGCACGUGAUGAUGGAUUUUUUCACGGGAUUGAUUGCUAAGGACGGCUGUAAUGACGCGAUAUUUGUCGUCGUCGAUAAGCUGACGAAAAUGGCCCACUUCGCCGCUUGCAAAAAAAGCAUCUCGGCCGAUGAAACAACCUGCCUCUUCAUCUCAACCGCCGUUCACCUCCACGGAAUCCCAGCUGCCAUCAUUUUGGAUCGUGACACGAAAUUCACCAACAACUUUUGGCACAAACUCUGGGAACAGUUUGGCACGCGCCUACAGUUCUCCUCCGCUGAGACUGACGGACAGACCGAACGGGCCAAUCAGACGAUGGAGCAGCUGAUUUGCGCCACUUGUGAUGACGUGGCCGACUAGGAGCAACAAUUGCCAAUGAUUGAG